GGCGGCUCCUCGUCGUCCUCCUCCUCCUCCUCCUCCUCCUCCUCGUCCUCCUCGGAGCAGUUCCCGGCUAUAAAUACGGUCGGUGCGAUGGGGAGAGGGUCACCGCCGCCGCCUCCUCCAGCCGCCCCCCAGCAGUAGCAGCAGGAGGAGGAGACGGGGCUAGCGCCGCCCGUGCAGCCGGUCCUUGCAGCCGGUCCUUGCAGCCGGUCCUUGCAGCCGGUCGGUGCCCGCAGCCCGUGCAGCCGGUCCUUGCAGCCGAUCCUCGCAGCCGGUCGGUGCCCGCAGCGGGUCCCGGAGCGCCGGGAGGAGGAGGAGCAGGAGGCAGGAGGAGGGAGGGGUCGGCCCCCCGGCCCGGCCCGGCCCGUCCCGUCCCGUCCCGUCCCGGGGCCCCCCGCCCGGCCGCGGCGAUGAUGCAGCUGUGCGACUCGUCGAAGCAGAAGCACUCGCUCUUCCACGCCAUGAACGGCUUCAUCGGCGCCGUCAACACCAUGGACCAGACGGUGAUGGUGCCCAGCCUGCUGCGGGACGUGCCGCUCCUGCAGCCCGAGCGGGCGGGCCGGGGCGGGGGCCCGGGGGGCGGCCCGGGGCCGGGGGCGGGGUCCGGCCCGGACGGGGGCCCGGGGGGCUUCUUCGCCCCCAGCCGGGACAUGUACAGCCACUACGUGCUGCUCAAGUCCAUCCGCCACGACAUCGAGUGGGGGGUCCUGCAGCCCCCGGCCCAGCCCGACGAGGCCCGCAGGGGCAAGGACAGGCCCCCCGACGACGGCGACGGGGGCGGGGGCCCCGCGGGGGCCGAGGAGGACCUGGAGCAGCAGUUCCACUACCACCUGCGGGGCCUGCACACCGUCCUCUCCAAGCUCACCCGCAAGGCCAACGUGCUCACCAACAGAUACAAGGAGGAGAUCGGCUUCGGCAGCUGGGGAAACUGAGGCCCGGGCCCCCCCUCCCCCCAACGCGCCGGACGGAGGUGGCGCUCAGCACGCAGCCGGCGCCCGAUAAAUGCCAUCGGACGAAUGAUCAGGCCCCCCUUCCCUCCCUCCCCCUCCAACAACGAGCUUCCAGCCGCAAGGGCGGGGCCGCGGGAGGUGGCGCUGGUUUUGCACUAUUUUUUUUUUUUCUUGAAUCGUGACGAUGAUGGCCUGUCGCGACAGAGGGGAAGAGCACGCGCGGGACCCCCCCCCCAUCCCCCUCCGGUCCCCCACCCGCGCAAAAAAGAGCCAUCGCUUAGACCACUACGAGCUGGCGUUGGGGCCUCCUCCGUCUUCUACAACGCGGCUCCUCCCCCCUCGGCCCCGUCCCCCGCUGGGGCGGAUUUGGGCUGAGAAGCCAAUAAAAAUAAUAAAAUCGCAACGAUUCAAAAAGACUCCCCGCCCCCCUCCGCUGGAACCAACUGACAGUUCUGCUUUUGCUCCCCGACAGAACGAUGAAGGGUUCCAGGGUUGUAUAGGUAUCCCUUUAUUUAAGACUUGUUUUUUUUUAUCCAGAUGUAGAGUUCUAUUCUAAAAAAAAAAAACCCCAAUAAUAAAUAUGCAAAUGUAUUAACUCAUCUCCGACCAAACUUUUUGUCAGCCAACCCAUCCUGAUCCCCUCCCCGCCCCCCGACCGGUUUUCGGUAAUAAACAGUACUGGUUUACUUUUUUUUUUUUUCAAAACAAUAAAUUUUUAUUUUUCCUCAGGUA